AUGGAGUCAUCGGACCUCCCGCCAGCCACUGCUCAACUCUCCCGUCCCACAGCGGAAGCUCCUCUUGCUCCGCCGGUGCACGCAUGCUCGCCGGCCACCGCCCAUACCGCCAUCAAGAAUAUGAAACGCGCCGCCGCCGCUCCCCCUUCUUCCCCGACCGCCGCUUCCCCUCCUUCCCCGGCCGCCGCUUCCCCUCCUUCCCCAGUUGCUGCUUCCCCAACCGUUGCUUCCCCAGCCGCCGGUAGGGCCGUCGUCGCGCUGGCAGUCGCAAAGCGAAAGAAGGCCGCCAGAAGUGGGUUGAAGAAGGUCGUGAGGAGGAUGGAGAUCAUCACAAGGCGGAGGCAAGCCAUGGCCCAAGCUACAUUCCGUGAGGGUGCUACGGCGAGUGGUGGUGCUGCAGCCGGUGAAGGUGCUACGACGAGUGGUGGUGCUGCAUUCGGUGGAAACACUUCAGAGGAAGCCGUCCACGUCGCAGUGCAGCUACCGUAA